GCAUGCUCGUCAGGCAAUCGCACAAACAACCAACCGACACCCACCGACUGAGCCGGUAGCCAGCCGUUAGUUGCACGCCGCAGCAGCCAGCAGUUGACUACGUGGCCAGAUCCUCCCCGUCAGUUCCCCCCACUGACGGUGAUCUCAUCGGACGUCUCGUACUCAUCGUCAAGUCUCGCUCGGACCAGCAAAGGCAAAAGCUUGGUUCGUUUGCUAAAAGUUUGGUGAAGCAGUCAAUUCCACAUAUACACCACACAGAGCUCCUAACGGUUUCACUGCAGAAAGGUGAGAAAAGGAUAAUGCUCGCAGAGCCGCAGAGCGAAAUGGCGGAAGUGAGAGGAUCGGCCACGUGGCGGGACGAGCUGGCUAGUCUGGUGGAGGACACGGCGAUACGAUACACCGGGGAGCCAAUCGGAGACUCGACGGCGUCGUUUGGGACGAGAAGGACGGGGUUCGUUUCGGGAGAAGAAUCGGCGGGAUCGGAGAGCCUCAAGGAUCAGGUGAAGGGAUUCGCAAUGGCUUGGGGCGAGAUACUGAUGGAAUUGGGCAGAGGCUGUAGGGACAUUGCGCAGCAGAGCCUUCUGACUGAGGACUCGUAUAUCGUGCGAAAGCUUCGGAAGCCGUACGCUGAGGUCUCCGGCAGAUUGAAGUACUUGAACGAGUUUUUGCCGGAGGAUCGCGAUCCGGCUCAAGCGUGGUCGGUUAUAUUCUUCGUUUUCAUUCUCGCGCUUGCAGCUUUGAAUAUUAAUAGCACACAUGACAGCUUGAUUCCACCAGUAAAGAAGGUGUGUAUACAUCCUCCCAGCGCUAGCCACAUACUACUUCCAGAUGGUAGACACAUGGCUUACCAUGAGCAAGGUGUUCCAGCCGACAGAGCUAGAUUUUCCCUAAUAGCUCCACAUUCUUUUCUUUCCUCACGACUUGCAGGUAUACCGGGAGUUAAAAUGUCAUUGCUUGAAGAGUUUGGCAUUCGCUUGGUCACAUAUGAUCUUCCCGGUUUUGGGGAGAGCGAUCCUCAUCCCGGAAGGAACCUUAACUCAUCAGCAUUUGAUAUGUUGCACCUUGCUAACGCAGUUGGUAUUAGUGACAAGUUCUGGCUUUUGGGCCAUUCAAGUGGAUCCAUUCAUGCUUGGGCUGCUCUCAGAUACAUACCUAACAGAAUUGCAGGAGCAGCCAUUUUGGCCCCAAUGAUUAAUCCAUACGAUCCGAGCAUGACUAAAGAAGAGAUGAAAAGAAUGUGGGAAAAAUGGAUGCCAAGAAGAAAAUUAUUGUACUUCUUAGCUCGUAGAUUUCCGAAGUUCCUCUCCUAUUUCUAUCGCCGAAGCUUCCUAUCUGGAAAGCAUGAUCGAAUUGAUAACCGGUUAUUUGUCUCACUGGGAAAGAGAGACGAAUUCCUGAUCGACGAGCCAAUAUUCGAAGAAUUUUGGCAUAGAGAUGUGGAGGAGUCAAUUCGACAGGGAAAUACAAAACCAUUUAUAGAGGAAGCUGUGCUACAGGUAUCAGAUUGGGGGUUUAGCCCAGCAGAUCUUCAGGUGCGGAAGAAGUGUCAGAGAAUAGGCAUUCUUUCUUGGCUGAGGUCCUUGUACAGUGAGGCAGAAUGUGAAUUGACUGGAUUCCUAGGCCCAAUACAUAUAUGGCAGGGCAUGGAUGAUCGGGUAUUCCCACCAUCAGUGACCGAGUAUGUGGAGCGGGUUCUACCCGGGGCCAUUGUGCAUAAGCUCCCAAAUGAAGGCCAUUUCUCCUAUUUCUUUUUCUGUGAUGAAUGCCAUAGACAGAUAUUUUCCACACUUUUUGGAAUCCCUCAAGGUCCACUUGACAAGAAAGCGGAAAUGGAUCAAACUCCAUUUGAAGGAGAUAUUCAAAUGGUAUCACCUGUUGCUGCUUCUACAACAGAAUGACAGGUGAUGAUAAGAUUACUGAUAACCUAAUCUCUACACGAAAUUCUGAUGUAUAUACCACAGGUUGCUCCUACGCUCCUGGAGCAUGAAAGAUGAGAUUUUAAUAACUGGCCUGUUCCUGUUCCGUAAUUUUCGACGACAAGCACUUCUGAUGAGAGACGGAGAAAGCAAGGAGGCAGAAAUUUUUUACUGAAAUCCUAUGAUUUUCUGCUGUAUAUCAGUAUCAUCAUUUGAUUUAGUCGUAACACUUUCCUCAGUUAUCUUCAACCUUGGACUGAGCAGCAAACAUAUGAAAAAUGGUCCUACCAUCUGAUAUUACUGUUAGUUGAAGGCGUACACGUGUUCUUUU